UCAUUCGUAAAAUGGUGGAAGAGAUACGCGUGAAAAAGUUACAAAUUUCUACUUAAAAUAUAUUUACUGAUAAAGCAUGGUUGUAGUAGGAUUUUUUGAAAAGUAAAAAUAUAAGAAAAUUGUAAAAUUUACUUUUAGAUAAUUAAUGCGUAAAAACAUGUAAAGUAUAAAGGAACUCCAAGUGCAUGUGUAAAAGAAGAAAGGAGGAAAAAAACAAAGACAUUUUCUUCAAUUCUGUGACGCAGAAGAAAAGAAUGUAAAAUGAACGCAUUGCACAAAGAAAAUUUAUAGACAACAAUUAGAAAAUGAGUUUAUUUAUAAUGAAAUUUACAGCAUAUAACGAUCGACUAACGUGGUGAUCUAGUUUAGGAAAAUCGUUUUAAUAGUUUUCACAUGAAUUACGCGCUUGUUGGUGGCAAAAGCUUAAGUGAGGCGGCGAAUUAAUCGAUUAUUUUUUCUACUCGUAUAAGAACACUACCGCUGCCACUUUAUAGCAUUGUAUUUGUAAAAAGCAGUUGGUUAGCAUAUCUUAGCAGAAAAAAGUGGCGCGUAAUGUCGAAUGUUGUGGAAAUUCAGGUGACAACGUCAUCCUUGAACCAUGAGGCAAUUGCAAUGGAUCGAUUAAAUACAUCGAUGGAAGACGCAAAAGUGCCGCCUUGUUUGCACACAACUAAUAUAAAUAAGGAAAAUUUACUCGGUGAAAGUACGGAUCGUGAAAAACAACAACAACAUCACCAACUGCCUAUCCAACAGCCGUCAUUAUCGCCGCAACAGCCGAAAAAACUUUCAAACAAUGCGAAAGAGGAAAAGAUCGGUGCAUCAAUGUAUAAAACCGAAUUUAAGUCACUUACAAAAGAGCAUUGCGUUAGAGCGGAUAAAUCUUAUAAAAAGAGGAAAAAAGAAAAGGAUCGUGAUAAAGACCGCAAUCGGGAAAAGGAGAAAAUACGAGAGAAGGAGUAUGAAAAAGACAAAGAAUAUUUUUCAGAUAGAAGAAGUACAUCCAAAGACGGUGAACGAAAUGACAAAAACAAGACUACUCCUAAUUCGGAGCGUUGUGGUGGCAAAGAAAAGCUUCACGCGAAGAGUUCCAACUCAAAAUCUCACUCGAAUGAAGAUAAGAAAAGCCAUAAAAGCAGUUCGAAAAAUAAAUUAAAUGCGCACAAAAUAGUUAACAAAAGUCCAAGGGAUAAUGGAGAAAAGGACAAAUAUUCAACCGUAUCAUCAACUUCCUCGUCAUCUAGCAGCAGAAGACGAAGUUCUGAAAGUAGUCGAAGUAGUCUUAGCGGUGUAAAAAUAAACUGUAUUAAUGUUGUAGAUGAAAGUGUUGUUAUAUCAACAGAGAAGUCGAGUGAAAAAACGGAUGACGAUAUAGCUACGUCCACAGCAAUGGAUCCUCCAAAGCCAGAGAUCACGGACCUAGUUGCAGGGCAAAAUGACAAAAUUGCGUCAGAGACGGAUAUAAUCAACGUUAAAAGACAGACGCCAGAGAAAAAGGAGAUUAUAUUGGAAUCCACACUUCCCGAUGUGCAGGAUGUUCCUGCAGAUGUAAUCAAACCAAGGGAAGAUCCCACGAAUUCAUUGUCUAUUAUAAAUGGAACGGAGACGAAAGCGGAUGGUACGCCAGCACCAAUUAAAGAGGAUUUUGGGAAGAAAGGUGAAACGCCCCAGUGCAAAGCGCAGGCUCAUGUGCUAAAAACUCGCGAAGAAGUUAGUCGUCAAUUAAAUUUUAAUACCGGUAUCGAAGCUAUUGCUGUUGACUGUUCCAUAAAAAUGCAGCAACCAAAUGGGCAAACUAAUGAUGCUGCUGAGCUGAUAAAAUCUGAACCCGAAGUUAUUGUUAAGUCCCUGCUCGAGGAAGUAACAGAAGGACUAAACAUGUCUGCACAAUCGGAAGUUUCUACAACGCCUUCUUCAAUGUUAAACCCAGUGAUUACCUCGUCAAAUGCAAAUAGCCAUGCUUCUCUCGCUUUACAAAUUACAUCAGCUCCGUCUGUGACAACACCACCCGCAGUCGCUAAAAAUAAUAGUCAUCAUAUUCCUGCAGUAACGGUCAGCAAUUCAAAUAACAUUACAGCAGAACCGAAGUCGCCAGUCAAAUCGGAUGUUUUGGCCAAGCGUUCUCUGUCGAGUAGUAGCAGUCAUCAUCAUUAUCACCACCAUCAUUACCAUCAAAAAAGUUCGUCUUCGACCAAACAAUCGUCUUCAUCGUCAUCUUCCUCACGUAGUCGCGACUGUUCAAAAUGUUAUAAACGUUCAAAAAUAAGACGUUCCAGUGUUGGCAUACAGUGUGUGCAACCUCAACCCGAGCAUAAUAUUACUCGCAGUUCACGUAACAACAAUCGAGUUCCACCAGGUUUGCAGCAUCUAAAGUACGGUCAGUUUUUCGAAGUGGAAGUCUAUCCGAAUGGUGGUGCUUCAGUGGUACAUUUGUAUCAGGAUGAAAUUCAACAUUUGGCGGCUGACGAAAUGGAAGAAUUAGUUAAUGAGUUCUUUAAUGUGUGCUUCGCUGAAGACGAAGAUGGUUACGCGCAUCAUGUCAUGGGCAUUGUACAUGAUUCCGCACGUUAUUUACCUGAUUUAUUGCAACACAUGGCGGAGAACUAUUCAACUCUUACCGUUAAAGCUGGUGUUUUAGGACGCAACUCGGACAUUGAAACCUGUACUAUGACUCAAUAUUAUGAUCAUGUGGUGCGCAAUUACUCACAGGGUACUUUCCGUUACGGACCUUUACAUCAAAUAAGUUUAGUGGGUAAAGUACAUGAAGAAGUUGGUGGCUAUUUUCCUGACCUGUUAGGUCGUAUUGAACAGAAUCCAUUUCUAAAAAAAACCAUGCCUUGGGGUCCUUAUUCUAUAUUACAAACCGAUCCGAGAUUAUCGAAUGAUGGUCCUAUUCUGUGGAUACGCGCCGGCGAACAAUUGGUGCCUACAGCGGAACUUAACAGCAAAACUCCCAUGAAAAGACAAAGAACACGCAUAAACGAGUUGCGUAAUCUACAAUAUUUACCGCGUCUCUCUGAAGCUCGAGAGACGAUGAUAGAAGAUCGCACCAAGGCGCACGCCGAUCAUGUCGGCCAUGGGCAUGAGCGUAUUACUACAGCAGCUGUUGGAAUACUGAAAGCAGUUCAUUGUGGUCAAAGCUACAAUCAAAAUCGCAUUACAAAGGAUGUGGUAGCAUUUGCGGCUCAAGAUUUUAAUCAUUUGGUGGAAGUGUUACAAUUGGACUUACAUGAACCUCCCAUAUCGCAAUGCGUUCAAUGGAUCGAGGAUGCUAAAUUGAAUCAACUCCGCAGAGAUGGUGUACGAUAUGCGCGAAUCCAAUUGUGUGAUAAUGACAUUUAUUUCCUGCCACGCAAUAUAAUACAUCAAUUUCGCACCGUCACAGCGGUAACUAGUGUUGCUUGGCAUUUACGAUUGCGCCAAUAUUAUCCUGGUCAAGAAGUAAUCAAUGAGAAAAAUAAUCCUGUGUUGGCUGAGCCGCCACAGUAUAAGGAAAAACAAACGAUUUUGCCGCAUCCCAUCAGCCACGAAGACACUAAGAGAACUCCAUGUAAACGUACUUACGAAGGAAAAGCAAAGAAGACCGAGGCAAAGAAACUUAUCGAUUUGGACGAUGGCAGCCGACGUUCCAGUGAAAGUGGCACGGACGAUUCAAGUCAAGUUAACGCCAUUAUAAAAGAGGAAAUUGAUACUGGGAAUCAAAUUAAAAAGAAAUUGUCGUCACAUAAUGUGGCAAAAAUUGACAUGCGGAAAAUGAUUGUUGAAAACAGUUUGCAUAAAGUAGUGAGCCUGUCCUCGCCACAUAAGAGUGAGAAAUGCAAAAGCAAAGAGGAAGGUGGUAGCAGGAAGAAUCACGAUUCUAAUAGUAGCAGUCACAGGGAAAAGAAAGAAAAACACAAUAAACACAGCAAAGAUGAGAGCACUAAGCCACAGCGAUCGGAGACAACGAAAAAGCCGAAAUUAGUGGAAAGACAUGCGCAAAUGGAGAACUCUGGACCGAACGCAACUGCUAGUGCGAUCACUACCGCAACAACAUCUAAUGGCGCAACAACGAAAGUAUUGAAAUUGCCCGAACCAAUAGUGCCUGCUUUACCUCUGCCUUUAGUGCCUCAAACGCCGUUCACACACCGAGAGGCCUAUGUCAACAGCCUUAACCAGAAAGAACCCGAAAUCAAAAUACAAGUACAAAUCGUAUCCGAUGAACCUCAACCGACACAACAGCACCUCCAGCAGAGUAUUCAAUUACCAAAUAUGGGCGAACCAUUAAUUUCACCUGCACGGGACUGUAUACCAAUGGACGCCUCUGUAACCUCGCAUUCAUCGCAAAGAGAAACACCUGCAGAUCCCACCACCCCUCGUUUAGCUACUGCUCAUCAUGUGGAGCAACUUUUAGUAUCAUCUACAGUAGGCGGAGAUGACGUUAUUAUGAUGGCUCAACCUCAACUACUUGUGGAUCAUGAAGAAGAGGUUAUCAUAUCUGAGGUCGUAGAAACGAAAGUCUUAUUGCCACCAAAACUUAUGUAUCCUCCAUUGCCACCCCUACCUCCAAUGCGUCCCUUACCUCCUCCCCCACCACCACCAAACUCGAUACAACAGUUGCAGCCUAACCAUUUGUUAGCUGCUCAGACAAAAUUGGGUGCCAAGGUUGUACCAGCAUCGACAAUAAGUAAUAAAUCACAUAAAACUGGUCAAAAAUCAAACUAUAAGCCCGCGCCGCAGCCGCCUCCACCAACGGACCUAUUAAGCUCUAUAAUGGCGAGCAUGGAUAACAGUAAUACAAUCCAUAGUACAGGCAAAUGCAGUAAUACGACCAAUCAAAGUACUUCAUCAUCAACCCCGUCUAAUUUAAAUUUUUCAAAUUCGUCGCAUUAGUAUCUGAGUUCCAUCAGCAAUAACGAAAUUAAACUACUAUAAGUAAUUAUGAAAUUUUGUUAAGAGCAAAUUGUAAAGCAUUCAAUGCUUAUUAAGUUUAAAGUUUGAAGGCAGCAUAGAUCGCAUAUUAUUGUUUUAGGUUGAUGAAAAGAUAACUUGUAAAAUUGGUACAUAACAUAUGUUUUAAA